AGACCCCCACCAUGUGGCUGUACCUCUUGCUGGCGGCACUGGCCUGGGUGCUGGGCUGGCUGGUGCGGGACCGCCGGACCCUGCCUUCCGUCAAGGACAAGCAUGUCUUCAUCACGGGCUGCGACAGCGGCUUCGGCAACCUGCUGGCACGGCGACUGGCCCACCGGGGCUACCGGGUGCUGGCCGCCUGCCUGACCCAGAAAGGGGCCGACAGCCUCCAGCGGGGCUGCUCCGGUCACCUCCGCACCACCCUGCUCGAUGUCACCCGCUCCGACAGCAUCCGUCAGGCCGUCGAGUGGGUGCGGGCAGAGGUGGGCGAGAAAGGUCUCUUUGGGCUGGUGAACAACGCCGGGGUGGCCAACCCCAUCGGCCCCACGGAGUGGAUGAGGAUGGAGGACUACCGCCAGGUCAUGGCCGUCAACGCCUUCGGGGCCAUCGAGGUGACGCUCCAGUUCCUGCCCCUGCUGAAACGGGCGAGGGGCCGGGUGGUGAACACCUCCAGCGUGCUGGGUCGCCUCUCCGCCAACGGCGGUGGCUACUGCAUCUCCAAAUACUGCAUCGAGGCCUUCUCCGACAGCCUGCGGCGUGACAUGUACCACUUCGGGGUGAAGGUCAGCAUCGUGGAGCCCGGCUUCUUCAAGACGGCGGUGACCAACUUGGAGAGCAUCGAGGCGUCCCUGCGCCAGCUCUGGGACCGCCUGGCACCUGAGACACGGCUCAGCUACGGCGAGGAUUUCUUCCACAAGUACCUCAAGGUGCAGCGGCUCAUCAUGAACGUCAUCUGCGACGCCGACCUCAGCAAGGUGACCCGCUGCAUGGAGCACGCGCUGGGCGCCCGGCACCCACGCACCCGUUACAGCGCUGGCUGGGAUGCCAAACUGCUCUGGCUGCCUGCCUCCUACCUGCCCGCCUGCCUCGUCGACUUCGCCCUGGCCACCAUCCUGCCCAAGCCGGCCCACCGCGUCCGCUAG